AGACAAUCGAAUGGGCCGCCAUUUUGAUAAAGUGCUUUGUGUUUAAUGUUACCGUAAAGUUAUUGGAAUGAUAAUAAACGCUUUGGACAACACUUAAUUGAUUGGAAUCAAGUCUUCGGUUUUUACGGUUGCAUGGCUAAGCAUAAUGUGGUUGCGUAGUGAAAAACGAAACAGAGGAUUCUCCAAAUUUUCUUUAACAGUGAAUAAAUCUAAAAAAUCGGCGAGAAAAACGGGCUGGGUUCCUAAAUCUAGAACACUAUCAUUAUAUAAAAAUUGUAUAAAAAGUGUUAACAAGAAGUUCAUAAAAGAAAAAGAACCUAAGAAACCAAAAAUUUCUGAAGAAUGUAAAGAAAAUUAUCAAUCACAAGUAGUCCCUCAAUUAUACGAAGAAGGGACUCAAACUAUUGAAACUUUAAAUAAUGUCCCUCCUGCUAGUGAUAUGUCAGCAACCAAUAUAUGUUAUGAAUACUAUGAAAAUACACCAUCUGGUCCCAGUUCUUAUGAAACCCAACCUGAAAUGAUUAAUACUGACCUUCCGAAAGAGAUAGAAUAUUCCACCAUUGAAUUAAAUACUAUAGAAAAUAUUAGUUAUAGUGAAAAAUUACAAUAUCACAUCGCGGAGAAAAAAACUUGUGAUUAUCAGAAAGACAAGUACCCAUAUAACAUGUUUGCAGAAAAGAUUUGCGAAACUAUGUAUUAUGAGUAUCCUUCUAUGAAAAAUGAUUACCCCGAAUUGCAAAUAGAUAUUAAUGAUCUUAAUAAUGUCAAUACCCAAGACUUUACUAAUAUGUUGGAUGAAGAAAUGACUAAGGAUGUUAAUAUGCAAAAUGUGUAUGAUUAUACUACAUUGUAUUCCUCAAAUUUGCCCGAUAACCAUAUGAUAACAAGUGUUUCUUCUCAAGAAGUUGAAAGAUUAGAUAGACAACCCGAACACAUUGAAGUUGAAGAUACUUGGGAUGCUUUCGAUCCAUAUUUAUUUAUUAAACAUCUGCCUCCUUUGACUUGUGAAAUGAGAUCAAAAUGUCCAGCUUUGCCUUUAAAAACCAGAUCCAGUCCUGAAUUUAGUUUGGUAUUAGAUUUAGAUGAAACGUUGGUGCAUUGCAGUCUCCAAGAACUCAAAGAUGCCAGCUUCCAUUUUCCAGUACUAUUUCAAGAUUGUUCAUAUACAGUUUACGUAAGAACAAGGCCAUUUUUUAAGGAAUUUAUGGAGAAGGUGUCCCAAAUGUUCGAAGUUAUACUUUUCACCGCAUCUAAAAGAGUAUAUGCAGAUAAACUACUCAAUUUGCUAGAUCCGGAGAGAAAAUGGAUAAAAUAUAGACUUUUUAGAGAACAUUGUGUUUGCGUGAAUGGUAAUUACAUUAAGGACCUCUCUAUACUUGGUAGGGAUCUGUCGAAGACCAUUAUUAUUGAUAACUCUCCACAAGCAUUUGGUUACCACUUGAAUAAUGGGAUUCCUAUUGAAAGCUGGUUUGAAGACAGAAGUGAUUCUGAACUCAUGAAAUUGAUACCGUUCCUAGAAAGUUUGGUAACAGUGAAAGAAGACGUCAGACCGCACAUUCGAAACAAAUUCAAGCUUUUUAGCUACCUACCUCCCGAUUAAAAUAUAUAAGCAUAGACAAUCCUGUUUUCGAAAAUUUAACAUGUAAUACUCUGUACUUUUCGUUUAUGUUUCAAAGUACUGGCUAACUCUUAUGUCAUGUGCCUUUUUGGAUCAAUGCAAAAAUAUUUAGGGGAUUUUAAAAAGUCAUCAAUAUCAUCAUAAAACUAAAUAAAAUAUAAAUACUAUGGUGGAUAAUGGAAAGGAAAAACAAGUUCAUAUGUAAUAUGAAUUUUUAGAAAUAAAUAUAUAAUCAAUAUCUAAAAUCAUGAACUAAAAUAGGAGAUUAAAAAAGACCUGCUACAAAGAAAUAUAGAUUCGAUGAUAAUAUUAAAUAAAAGUGUUUUUCAUGUUAAAAAAUAUAGUCCAGUAUCAUCAAAAUAAAAAAUAAUAAAAAACGGACAAUUUAAUAAUUUACUAACAAAUGCAGUGAUAUUGAUUAUUGAUUAUUGAAACAGAGUUGAGAAAGAUGAGUCGUUUAUUUCGAAAAUGGCCUAACUCCAUUUAUCUUCAAAUCGAGAUAUUCAUGGGUUUGCGUUUCAAUUUAGGAUACGAUAUAAUAUUAAUUUAACGUAAUGGUUAUUCGAAUAACGCAAUUGUCCAAAAUCUGAGGUUAACUUGUAAAUACUAAUUAAUUAAAAUCAAUGCUAUCACUAGUAAAUAUCAAAAUUUAAGUAGAAAUGAAGUUAGGCCUCUUUCAAUCUAAACCGUUCAAUGAUUGAACUAACUCUGAAAACUUAUGUGUCAAGAAUUUGCUUGCAAUGAAGAAAACUAAAAUGCUUUACUGAUUAAAACAUGAAGUUGUACAUUAAGGUGUCCGUUAUUUCCCAAAUUGGAUUUUGUUCUGCAAACACCCCUCAAAUUUUUAGGUUAUGACCUAAAAAAUAUAUCAGACCCAAACCAACCCUUAAUAUUCACAUUAACCAGUGUUUAUAUCAUAAUACAUUUCCCAUUUAAAUAACAUGGGAUUUUUGCAGUUUAUUUUUUUCCACCAAAACAAUUGUAGCUAAAAGCACACUAUUUUCGAUUGAGCCGAAAAAAUAUUACAAUAGUCAGAAUAGUAGGUUAUUACAAAAUUAGCGUUUGGAUAGAUAUUUUAAAUUAUGUAGAUUGAAAUUUAAUUAAAUACUUUGUACUUAAAUUGGUGACUUUUUAAAAAUCCUCUAAUUGAAAUGAUAAUACUGUACAAGGUGAGAUUUUCUUUUGAGGUUGUUGAUUGUGAACAGUUGUGCAAUAAUUGGUAAAAUGUGAUGAUUAAAUUGGUUUUUAGAGAGUUAUGAACAAUGUAUCACUUGUACAGCGUUGGUCAGUAUUUUAUUUAAAAGAUCUUUUUUAAAACGUAUAAAAAUAGUUUAGAACUGUACUGUAAAGUUCUUAUAAAAAAUGUAUAUAGAAGAAAAGAAUUAGUUAUCUAGGUUUCUUGUUAACACAAGAAAAAAUGUCGGAUCCAUAGAUGAUUAGUUGCAAUAAUAUGCACAAAACUUUAUUUGUUGUUUGUUAUUUUAGGAUUAGUUAUAAGUAUUAUAUUUCUAUGUUGUAAUAUUUUAUAUUUUAUUACAUUAAUCUCAUUUUCCAAAAACAAGUAUUCGAAUAGUCUGUUAAUUUUUGAACUUGUUUAUUUGCACUGUUUAUUAGUUAUAGUUGCAUUUUUACAAAUUAAUCCAAUUAACAAAUUGAAAAUCCCGAAAAUAGAGAAAAUACGAGGAUGGUCCCAGAACUACCUAGCCCAAUAAAGAAAACACAAAAAUGUUUUUUUACGUAAUCUCCUUUUUUACCCCAUACACUUUCCCCGCCGUUGUUCAAUAAAUUCAGAACCUUUUUUAUAACAAGAAUCGUCAGGCUCCACAAAAUAACCUUUAACCGCCAACAUCACCUCUUCACUGUUGAAAAAUCUUUAACUAGCGAGUCAUUUUUUCAAGUCUGGGAACAGAAAAUGAUCCGAGAGGGCUAAAUCUUGCGAAUAAUGUGCAUGAGGUAGCAUUUAAAAGUUAAUUCAUUAAUUUUGGCCAUUACAAUUACGGAUGUGUGAGCUGGUGGAAUGUCUUGAUGAAACAACACUUUCUUCUUAGCCAAAUGCGGGCGUUUUUGCUUGAUUUCUUCACUCAAACAUUUUAUCCAUGGUUAUGAAACGGCGAAAAAAUUCGGCGUUAUUUCUGUGAAACGUUGCCAAAUACUCGAUGAAAACAUCUUCACCACGCUGUUUUUGUUCUAUUGUGAGCGGCACCCAUCUUGCGCACAGCAUUCCAUGUCCAAAUUUUCAGUCAAUAUGUGAUGUACUGCACAUUUUAAAAUGCCUUAGCACUUUUAGUCUACAAUCGCUUUGUGAAUUUUCUGGAGUCGUCACGUCUUUUGGUCGACUACUGCUAUGUUGGUUUUCGUCAUACGGCCUCGUUUAAACUCUGUUGCCCAAUAUUUUACUGUUUAUUAAGAAGAUACAGUCUCGCCCAAAGUAGAAUCUAGUUCAGCUUUUAUAUUGGUUGGGCUAAUGCCUUUCAAAUAUAAGUAUUGUAUAACAUAACGAUGACCAAUGCUUUCCAUGUUUCCACAAAUUCGAGGAAACGUUCAAUAUUCAUGGCUGCCAAACAAAUACUAAACAAUGUGACGUCGUCAAACUUGAAGCAUAGUAUAUAGAUUGUGUACACUUUUUAAUACAGUGGUAUUUUUCAAGUAACUAUUGCCUAUGCUAGAGACCAUCCUCGUACGUGCAAUAUCUAAUUUUAUCUCGAACAAUGUCUUGAAAAAAUUAGGAAAACUGUUUUUCAUUAUCAUCAUGCUUCUAUGACGGCGGAUGAGGGUCUGUUUGUCGGCGAUUUCGUGGCGGUAUUUUCCUGUAGCUGGUAAACUCUCCUGUUAUUGGCUACUUUCAUGUCGAAGUGGUAGUUGACAGGAAAGAAGAAAUCCCGGAAGGCGGUUCAGAAAGCUUGCCAGCUGGCUAAAUAUUUGUGGUGGUUCUGGAACUGAAGCGCAGGCAAUCCGUGUAGAAGUUCCGGCAUAGCUUGCAAAAGCCGGUCCGGUGAGAUGCCUUGAGAAUCACGGAUGACAUAUUGCGAUGUCAUGAGGCCCCCUGAAGUGUUUGCGAUGGUUUUCAGCUCUCUCAAACGUCGGAAUCAUUUUAACAACUCCAAAAUGGCCUCAACUUUUCUCAUUCAAUAGAGUCUAUACACCAUAAAAAUGACAAAUACUGGUUUAUCUUGAACAAGACAUUCGAGUACCAUAUGUUAAAUAAAGACUAAUGCACUUUGUGCAGGUACUGCACGACCAAUAUAAUUACCAAGGGCGUGUUCGCCACCCGUUCUGUAUACCGUAUUAACCAUUUAAAUCUUCUAUUUUCUCCUAAAAUAGUAUUAAAUAUUGGCCAUUAUAGUAGCCGCGGUAUAUUUUUAUGCCUUUUUGUGCCCAUUAUAAUCGACGUUCGAACUCAACAUGAUAAGACGAAAUUUCCUUCAAAAUUAUUGUUAUUUAACAGUUUUUUUAUCAUUAUGUAAAUUUUUCUGUACUGAAAAACGGUUAUGAUGUAUUUUUCUAGACAUUAUUCCUGACUAAUGAGCUGUGGCACGCAUUUUCAAGAGCUUUAUUACUAUUUUUUACUGUAUUUAAUUAUGAACUAGAUUAGACAAAAAAACUCUCAAGUAGGGUCUCGACAUACCCAAGACGAAUAUUACUAUGUAUGAUUUGAUGCUGUUAAUGUCCAACACAAAAUAUAUGUGUACUUUCAACCUAAAUAUUACUGAAACUUUUUAUUAACCCUAGGUAACGGGACAUAUUUUGGAACACACCAUUACGUAUUUUACGACGGUAGUACAUACUAGGGCUGGGCAGUUAUCAAAAAAUAUAAACGAUUAUUUUCGAUUAAUCGAAAAUAAUCGAUCAAUCCAAAAUAAUCGAAAAAUCAGAAAUAAUCGAUUAAUCGAAAAUCCGAAAUAAAGCUUGAAAAGAAGGAUUGUGGUUUGAUUCCUACAAGAAACAAGAUGAAGAUCGAGUAUACCACCAGGAACAUGCAGAAGUCACUAUGGUUUGGUUCCCAAUAAAAACAAAUCAAAUAAUGAACCUACAGAAGAUAUUUGGAAGUAAGAUUCUGAUAUUGAAUUAUGUUGGUAUGUUGAAGAAUUAUUCAGAAAAUAAAUUUUUUAAUCGUUAAAUUGAUUAUUAUAUUAUUUGAUUAUUUUAACGAUUGUACGAAAAAUAGUGUGUAUGGCAUAGCCGCGAAACUUUUUAAAGACCUCAAGAUUAUCGUAUCGAUAUUUUUAUAUUUUUCGACUAUUUGGUUAUUUUCGAUUAAUCGAUUACCGAUUAUUUUUAAAAAUAUAUAUCGAUUAAUUGAUCAUCUGAUUAGUCUAUUAUUUUUCGAUUUACCGAUUAUUUUGCUCACCCCUAGUAUAUACCCGCAUUUUACGAAAAUUUAGAAAAUGAGAAAACAAAAUAUAAAUAAAAAGUUCAAAUUUCUAUUCAUUUUAUACAAUUGUCUCCGCUCUGCUUCUAGCAGAUCGGGUUCACGUUUUCCACGUUGUUGUCGUCUGUCUUUUUUGACUUUGGCAGUAGAAACACAUUUUGCGGUUUUCAUAAUCCAUAAUUUUCAUAUUUCUUCUUCUAAUUCAGCCUGAGAUAAUUGCCGUUUUGAAGCCAUUCUGCUGAAACGACAUAUUUUCAGAACACCAUAAGUAAAAAUAAUAAAUAAUUACUUACAUGUCUCCUAAAUAUUAGCAAAACCGCCGUUCACAAUAUGAAACCAAAAAAGCUCGCGUUAAAACUAAUCAACAUAUAUAAGGGACUAUCGUAAAAUUGAAGGAUAGAGUACAAAAAUCUGCGAUUCAAUUGACAAUAAUGCGAUGUUUCGACCACUGGAGUCUAGCUACCAACUAAAUAUUAAUGUACCGAAAGUCUUGCCCCAGUGCGAUAUCCGGAAACAAACGAAAUAUUAGAACUAUUCACCAUCGUAAAUUUUACGAAUUUCGCAUUAUCUAGGGUUAAUGUUAUUAAAUAUUUGUUUUGUUCCCACUAUGUGCACCAAUGAAACACUAGAGAGCGCUCAAUCCGACAGUCUCUGUAUUACACGCACGAUCCCUAUAGCAAAAUAGUUUGAUAUUCAUUACUGCCGUGACAUCUUCUAAUCGAUAGCUUAAAUAAUGUAAAAUAGUACAGAAUACUGCAUGCCUUUUAAAAAGACAGUAAUAUCUAGGAUAAUAAUUGAUUCACAAUAUUUGCAAAAAUCUGAUUGGGUAUAACUCUAUUUGAAAGUCGCUUCAUUCGAUUUAGUUUUAUUUUAAUUCGUUAUUUUAUUCAAAGUGAAAUAAGGUGGAGCUUCAUUUUGCAUUAUUUAAAAUCUGUCUCUAAUACAUGUAACCAUUGUUUAUAGAGAAUGUUCAAAAUAUUUAUUUCAUUGUCCGUAUCAAUAUAUGAGCAAUUUUUAAGUAAUUAAAUGUCUUGAACAUCGUAUUGAUAGAUUUUUAAUAUUACCGAUAAAGAAGUAGAUGAAAUAUUGUAUAUCAGCAUAAAGCACUUUUGAUGAAUAUUUAUUUUUGUUUAUAUUAAGAUAUUACCUAGCAUCUAGGUAAAAAGGAAUAUUUAGGUUCAAGUUAGAAUAUUGAAGAAUCGUAUGUCAUGAUAAUCAAAAUGUUUUUGUUGGUCUCAUAUUUAUUAGUUGGCAUUUUUUUAUGUUUCUGUGAUGUUUUUUUCUUGUUCCCUAUUUUUUACUAAGGUCACAGACUAAUCUGAUAAAUUAACACAUUGUCGACAGAUUUAGCCAAACUUUUCCAAUGUCAUCAUUGCCAGUCCAAAUUUUUGUCACAUCUCUUAAUAUUUUCUAGAAAGUAUUAAUCAGCCUGUUGAAAUUAUACAAUUACUUCAUAUCUCAAACUGAGAUUUCCACAGAAGUUUCAUAUUUGAAAAAUGAUAAAACUUGCUAAUACUUACAAUAGCUUCCGGUGCCCACCGCUACAAAUGUAUUUUUACAUUUUCUGUUUCGAAACCACGUUUUCUAUCAGUUAAUUUCUGCGUUUGAAAGGAAUACUCGACAGAUUUUUUAUAUACAUGUCAUUAGGUGUAUACAUGUUAUUUGAUGUAUUCGCUAUUCAAAAAUUCAUUUGCACGUCAUGAUAUGUAUUGGUUCUCUUAUUGAAUUUUAGUAUUUAUUAAUUGUCCUUUCAAUGAUAGAGUUCAAGUUGGUAUCAUGUUUCAGCUUCUAAUUCUACUUUUACAUUUGAUCUAUAAGGAAUCGGCUAAAUUUAGUGACUAAUGAUACGAACAGUAUAAAUGUUUUCAAUAUCUUCGAUGAAUGACUGCAAGAAUACUAAAGUUCUUCCAAUAUUAAUUUCAGAUUAUAAAAACAUUUCUUAAUUUGGUACGAGUGCCGUACGUAUUUAUGAAAUAUAAGUUGUUCCUCGCAUAACUGUCUUCUGUAAUUUAUAUUGGAAGAACUAUUAACUGCUGCCAUAAACUACUAUUAGAGAAUGCAUUUGAAACAGUCUUUUAUAUUAUCAACAGCUGCAGUACUUGAAUAGUUUGAGUUUCUUGUUUAUUUAAUCUCACAAGGUAGCACAUUACCUACUAAUACCUUCCGAAGCAUUGUGUAAGAAUGUAUUCAGAAUAUUUUUACAAAACCAUUUGAGUGUCUUUUAUCUUUUCUCAGAUCUAGAGCUGAAUGUUUUAUUACAUGCACAUACAAAAGUUUAUGACAGACAGUUAGCACUCAUAGAAUCAUUUGUCGAAGUCUUUGAAAAUUUUAAUUGUUAUUGUAAUGCAAUUUGAAACAAUCAAUUUUAUUAUGUAAAGUUACAUAUAAUAAAUAUACAGUAGACUCUCGAUUAUCCGAGAUACUUGGGACCGGGACCUCCUCGGAUUCGGGAAAACUCUGAAAAUACGAAGUUCAGUUAUGGUAAAAAAGACGUAAAACCCCGUGAAAAGUUAUAAAACUGGUUUAUUUGAAGCAAAAACAUAUUACAGACCUGUAAGCGAGUGGACAUAUUAUUUCUUAAAAAAGUCUUUGGUCGUCUUUUUAGACUUAGACCUCUUACCUCGAUUGAACGAUGCAAAGUUGCACCAACGCUGUAGAGACAGUUCUUAUGAAAUUCAAGCGCCUUAGUGUGCGUUCACAUUGCAACCCAUCGCGCCGCUCGAGCUUCGAUCUUGUUCGUUUUUUUGAGCGGCAUCGCCUUUGUGGUGCGCUCAUGUCGAGCGAUGCGGCUUUUGCGAUGUCAUCGCGCGCGUUGUCCUGUUCAAAUUGGUUAAGCGUCGUUUUAGUUAUUUUCUAACUUUCGAACCAAAAGGACUUAAUGAAUUUGGUAUCCAAACGAUUAUUACUUAUAGAAAGUACACGACUGCAAAGGCUAAUUUUAAAGAAAAGCAAAAUAAUACAAGGCGUUCAUGAACUUAAUAGAAAUAGACUUGCUUAUGGUGAAUUCCAUCACCUUUAUCAUGAACUUCGCACUGAUCCAAUAAGAUUUUUUCAGUUUUCAAGAAUAUAAUGGGUAUGCAAUACAACAAAACGUUUAGGUAAUAUAAAUAUAUAUUUAUUUACCUGGAACUCCUACAGUUUGUGAUAAUUCAUCCCAUAAUUUUGCUACCAUUUUCCUGUCUUUGUAGGAACGGUGUCUAUCAUUCCAAAGAGCUGGCCUGGUUUGAAUUUCCGAUAUUAAUAACUCAUGAUCAAUAAUCUCAUUUUGCGACGUCAUUUGAUUAAAACUGGACAAACUGCGCGAUGCGUUGCAUCGCAGAUGUUGAGUGGUGGUCUUUUGCAAUGUGAAAACAUCCAUUUAAAGUCUAUAACCAGAAAGAUUUCUAGCACCGCAUCGUUCGACGCUCACUGCUUGAGCGUUGCCAAUGUGAACGCACACUUAGACUGUAGCAUCGGCCUACUCAUAGGACUGCCUAUCCCUCGAAGCUGGGAGAACCACAAAAAAAAAAGGACUUCACACGUCUGCUCCUAGGCACCUUUCUUCAAAGUCUGGACUACGGCUCGACGGCUGUUGUUAUUUUAAUAUAAACAAAUAACCAUCGCGGUUCUCCAUAGAUGUCUCGAUAUUAAGACAGGCUCGGUUAAUCGAGACUCGCAUAACCGGGAGUUUACUGUAUGUAUACACUUAAAACAACUAUUAAUAAUUAUGUAUGCCUUGAUAGACAUUUGAAUGUUUUGGUUAGGUUAGGAUACAUUGAUAAAAUGUAAAAGCUGAGGUGUAUUUUGUAUCCACAGUCGAUGAUUUAUGUUUUCUUAAAAAGGAUUUGAGUAUAUAUUCUUUACAUGGGAAAUGUUUUAUUUUAAUCUAAAAGUAGGACUAAUUUUUAUUGUUAUUCAUAUAUAUCUUGUUUUGCUGUUAUUUCUAAUGGAUUUGUAGAAUUUACCAUAAUAAAGUUUACAAAAUCAA